CAAUAGCCUGAAAGGGUUGCAAGAGGAGCAGCUGAGGAGGAGGAAGCGGAAGCGAAGGCGGUGGGGGGCGUGGGUGAAGCGCUUGGAAAGGAGGCAGAGCUUGCAGGAGGCUGCAGAAGACUGCUGGGCAUAAUAACGAGCAGGACUUUCCUGAGUUUUCGGGGGCAUCCUUGAGUCUGCAGCAGGGUGCAAGAGGACAGCGCCUCCUGAAGGAUUGCACGUGUUCUUACACGCGCACACAAACACCCCGUGCCAGCCUGAAGGACUCUUGGCUGCUGCAUGUUUUGGAUAAAGAGCAAGGUAAAUGUUGGCAGAGGAAGAAUGAUAGAAACCCAAUGGAUGGAGCUGCUAGAUGGGAAAAAAGGAAACAAGAGAGACUAAAAACUGGAGAAAACUGGGAGAACAGGAAUGAAUCAAAUGCUUUUCAGCAUGUAAUCCAGCAAAUAAUACAGCAAGCAGGAGAAAGAAGCCUGUGUCCUCCGUAUAGGAAAAGCUCCUCUACUGAACCCAGCUUUCAAUCUUAGAAGGAAAUGAAUGCAAGGAAGAAACCACAUAAAUGCCUGGAAUGUGGAAAGAGCUUCAGCACGAGUGGAGAACUUACUAUACACCACAGAACCCACACUGGGGAGAAACCAUAUAAAUGCCUGGAGUGUGGGAAAAGCUUCAGCCAGAGAACACAUCUUAUUGUACACCAUAGAACCCACACUGGGGAGAAACCACAUAAAUGCCUGGAGUGUGGAAAGAGCUUCAGCACAAGUACACAACUUAUUAUACACCACAGAACCCACACUGGGGAGAAACCACAUAAAUGCCUGGAGUGUGGAAAGAGCUUCAGCCGGAGAGCAAAACUUACUGUACACUAUAGAACCCACACUGGGGAGAAACCACAUAAAUGCCUGGAGUGUGGAAAGAGCUUCAGUCAGAGAGCACAUUAUAUUAUACACCAUAGAACCCACACUGCGGAGCAACCACAUAAAUGCUUAGAGUGUGGAAAGAGCUUCAGUCAGAGAGCACAUCUUAUUGUACACCAUAGAACCCACACUGGGGAGAAACCACAUAAAUGCCUUGAGUGUGGAAAGAGCUUCAGCCAGAGCUCAAAUCUUAUUGUACACCACAGAACCCACACUGGGGAGAAGCCACACAAAUGCCUAGAGUGUGGAAAGAGCUUCAGCACAAGUGCACGUCUUAUUGUACACCAUACAACCCACACUGGGGAGAAGCCACACAAAUGCCUAGAGUGUGGAAAGAGCUUCAGCACAAGUGGAGAAUUUACUAUACACCACAGAACCCACACUGGGGAAAAACCACAUAAAUGCCUGGAGUGUGGAAAGACCUUUAGCCGGAGAGCACAUCUGAUUCUACACCAUAGAACCCACACUGGGGAGAAGCCACAUAAAUGCCUGGAGUGUGGAAAGAGAUUCAGCAGAAUUGGAAAUCUUACUAUACACCAUAGAACCCAUACUGGAGAAAAACCACAUAAAUGCUUGGAGUGUGGAAAGAGCUUCAGCACAAGUUCAAAUCUUAUUGUACACCACAGAACCCACACUGGGGAGAAACCACAUAAAUGCCCAGAGUGUGGAAAGAGCUUCAGCACGAGUGGAGAACUUAUUGUACACCACAGAACCCACACUGGGGAGAAACCACAUAAAUGCUGGGAGUGUGGACAGAGCUUCCGCACGAGUGGAGAACUUACUGUCCACCACAGAACCCACACUGGGGAGAAACCACAUAAAUGCCUGGAGUGUGGAAAGAGCUUCAGCAAAAGUUCAGAUCUUAUUGUACACCAUAGAACCCACACUGGGGAGAAACCACAUAAAUGCCUGGAGUGUGGAAAGAGCUUCAGAACGAGACCACAACUUACUAUACACCAUAGAACCCACACUGGAGAGAAACCAUAUAAAUGCCUGGAGUGUGGAAAGAGCUUCAGCCAGAGAGGAAAUCUUAUUGUACACCAUAAAACCCACUAGGGAUGUUCAUGAACCAGUCCGGAGGCCAUUCUAGAGGUGGUGCUUCAAAGGUGGUGCUGGCUAAAAGGUUCAGCGCCGGUGGUGUCAUGGGUCUUUAAGGGCAGUGGAGGGUGCACUUACCCUUUCCUCUGCUUUCCCCCCCUCUGGCGCUCCAUUUUUAGCACAAACACAUGGAGCAGCAGUGUUCCUCCCUGCUGCCCCUUUCCUGGUUCUUGUCUGGAAAUGGCCGGAAGUAGCGCAUGCGCCCAUCACGAUGGGCCCUCAGCAUGUACAUGCUAUGGGUGCACGUGCAGAGGCUUUUCCCGGCCAGGAACAGGGAAAGGAGCGGCAGGGAGGUAUGCUGCCGCCCCAUGGGUUUUGUUAAAACUGGAGCUCCGGUGGGGGAAAAGCGGAGGGAGGAGUAAGUGCACCCUUCCCCACCCUUAAAGAACCACUGCCCCCAGCAUCAAACUGCAUCUCCGCAUUUUCAUGCACACCACUAGAACCUACACUGGAGAGAAGCCACAUAAACAACAGAAGCAUGGUGGAACAGUGAGAACCAGUGAGACACUGUUAUCUCUGGAUAUAAUCUCUAUAGAAAAGGCAGGGAAGGGUGCCUUGGAGGUGGAGUAGCACUGUAUGUUAAAGAAGGGAUAGAAUCUAACAAGCUAGAAAACCUUGUUGGACUGGAGUCCUCCACAGAAACCCAUACAAGGCCUGAAAGGGAACGUGCUACUGUGGACAUGCUAUUGCCCUUUGGAGCAAAACGCUGACAGUGAAUGGGAGUUGCAGGAGGAAAUCAGGGAGGCGUCAAGGAGAGGCAGGGCUUUAAUAAUAUUGCAUGGAACCAAUAAGACAAGGAUUGAAGAAUAGAACAAUAUCGGACCUCCAAAAAGUAUACAGUGUACUGUGCUUGAUUGGCCAGCAAACUCGCCUGACCUGACCCCAUAGAGAAUCUAUGGGGCAUUGCCAAGAGAAGGAUGAGAGACAUGAGACCAAACAAUACAGAAGAGCUGAAGGCCGCUAAUGAAGAAUCCUGGUCUUCCAUAAUACCUCAUCAGUGCCACAGGCUGAUAGCAUCCAUGCCACGCCGCAUUGAGGCAGUAAUUGCUGCAAAAGGGGCCCAAACCAAGUACUGAAUACAUAUGCAUGCUUAUACUUUUCAGAGGUCCGAUAUUGUUCUAUUCUUCAAUCCUUGUCUUCUGGGUUCCAUGUAAUAUUCUAAUUUUCUGAGAUUGUAGAUUUGGGGUUUUCAUGAGCUGUACGCCAUGAUCAUCACAAUUAUAACAAAUUAAGGCUUGACUUAUCUCGCUUUGCAUGUAAUGCGUCUGUCUCAUAUAUCAGUUUCACCUUUUAAUUUGCAUUACUGAAAUUAAUGGACUUUUUGCACGAUAUUCUAAUUUUCCGAGUUUCACCUGUACUUCCUUGAAAGAUAUCGAUCACAUUCAAGGAUAGAUAUGGUUUGGACAUCUAAAGCUAUUACACCAUGUAUGGAAAAGAUGGAUAUUCUACCUAGGACUUUUUCAGACCAUAACCCAAUUUGUUUUACAUGGAAGAAGAAAAGAACGACUUCAUUUCGUUGGAGAUUGAAUGAAUACCUCUUGAAAAAAUCAGAUGUUGUGGAGAAAGCUAAAAAGAAAUUAAAGGACUAUUUUGAAUUGAAUUUAAAUCAGGGAAUGGACAAUAAAACUGUUUGGGAUGCAAGUAAAUCGGUUAUGAGAGGUUUCUUUAUACAGCAAAAUUCAUAUUUUAAAAAGCAAAGAGGAUUGAAAAAAGAGAUAUUAUUGAUGCAGAUCUCCAAAAGGAAAGGGAAUUAUUAUGGGCCAAAGAUAAGAAGACGGUCAUACAAGCUAUUAAAAUCCUGCAACAACAACUUUCUAUGUUGAUAGUGAAUGAACUAGAAUGGAACUUGAAAUAUGUUAAGAAAAGGACAUUUGAGUUCGCAAACAAACCAGGCAAGUUGUUAGCUUGGAAAAUUAGAGCUGAGAAGAAGAAAAAUUACAUAUCCAAAAUACUUACAAAAAAUGGGCUCUCUUAUGAUGGAAAGGAAAUAAAAGCGGAAUUUUAAAAAUAUUAUUCAGAACUAUAUAAAGGCAAAAUAGUUGAAGAUUAAAAAAACUGAGCAGUUUCUUAGCACCAAAAAUAUUCCAAAACUUACUAAGGAGCAAAUACAAACUAUGCAUGCUCCGAUAACUAUUAUGGAAAUAAUAGAAGUAAUUAAUCAAGCCAAGCCCAACAAGGCCCCCGGGCCUGAUGGACUGUCAGCUUUAUGCUAUAAGUCAUUUAAAGAUCAAAUUCUACAACCUCUGCAAUGGACUAUGAAUGAUAUCUUACAAAAAGGGAUUAUGCCGGAUUCAUGGAAGUACGCAAAUAUUGCAGUAAUCCCAAAACCAGACCAAGACUUAACGUUAGUUAAAAAUUAUAGACCAAUUUCACUUUUAAACAAUGAUUACAAACUUUUUGCUGCCAUUUUGGCAAGAAGAAUGAAGGUUAUAUUGAGGCAUUUUAUUCAUGAAGAUCAAGCUGGAUUUUUGCCAAAGAGACAAUUGAGAGAUAAUGUCAGAACAGUCCUGAAGGUACUGGAGUACUAUGCAAAACAUUAUGAUAAACAGAUGGCGAUGAUUUUUUUGGAUGCAGAGAAAGCUUUUGACAAUAUUUCGUGGCAAUUUUUGUGGAGAUUACUAGAGGUAAUGACUGCUUGCAAUAAUUUUAUUAGGGCAAUUAAGACAAUUUAUUCGGAGAAAUAUGCUAAGAUUAUUGUAAAUGGGGAAUUAUCAGACAACUGUGUAAUACAAAAAGGGACUAGACAAGGAUGCCCACUUUCCCCAUUGCUUUUUAUAUUGGUUCUAGAAGUACUUUGUAGAACUAUCAGAGAAGAUGAUAAAUUACAUGGUCCCAAAAUUGGGAAACAGGAUUAUAAACUGAGAGCCUUUGCAGAUGAUGUUGUGCUGUUUUUAGAGAAUCCAAUGGAUAAGAUUGAAAGACUCUUGGAUAAAAUACAACAAUUUGGUCAGCUGGCUGGAUUCUAUAUAAAUAAGACCAAGACUAAGGUUUUAACUAAAAAUAUGGAUCAGAAAGCUAAAGACAGAUUCUCUGAAAUAAGUGAGUUGAAAGUGGAAAAGAAAGUUAAAUAUUUGGGGGUCUGGUUAUCAAAUAACAACUCCUUGUUGUUUAUAAAUAAUUAUGUCAAAAUAUGGAAUUCAGUGAAAAUUGAUCUACAAAGAUGGUCUAAAAUGAAUUUGUCUUUAAUGGGAAGAAUUUCAGUGGUGAAAAUGAAUGUCUUGUCUAAAAUGUUGUUUCUCUUUCAGACUAUUCCCAUAAUUAACACUUUAACUUGUUUUAAGCAAUGGCAGAAGGACAUAACUAAGUUUGUUUGGCAGGGGAAAAGACCAAGAAUUAAUUUUAAGAAUCUAACAGAUGCAAAGGAAAGAGGUGGUCUUACCUUGCCAGACUUAAGGUUAUAUUUUGAAGCUGUUUGUUUGACUUGGUUAAAAGAAUGGAUAACUCUAAGAAACCCUAGAAUUCUUGAUUUGGAAGGAUUUGACAGAAGGUUUGGAUGGCAUGCGUAUUUGUGGUAUGAAAAAAGUAAAAUACAUAAAGAUUUUUUGAACCACUAUGUGAGAAGGAGUUUAAUGAGGGUGUGGUUAAAAUACAAAAAUUGGUUUGAACCUAAAACUCCAUUAUGGGUAUCUCCGAUUGAAGCCUUAUCACGUAAAGAAGUAUAUAUGCAAAUGUGUUGGGGUACUUAUAGGGAUUUGUUACACUUUCAGGAAAAGGAUUGUAAGUUAAAAAGCUUAACUGAAAUACAAGAUUUGGUUAGAGAUUGGUCUCAGUAUCAUCAGUUAAAUGAGAUGUAUAAGAAAGACCUUAAAGUCAGAUUUGAGUACCAGACUUCAAAUUUUGAGAAGGAAUUAUGUCAAAAUGAUGAAAAAUUAGUUUCCAAAAUGUAUAAACUGUUGCUUUUGGAUGAGACAAGAGAGGAAGUGGUUAAAACGACUAUGAUAAAGUGGGCUCAAGAUGUGGGGCAUAAUAUAGAAAUGGCAGCCUGGGAAAAGUUAUGGAAAAAUGAUUUAAAAUUUACUGCAUGUUAUGCUAUAAAAGAAAACUAUUAUAAAAUGAUGUAUAGAUGGUAUCUGACACCAAAAAAAUUGGCAUUAAUGUAUAAAAAUGUUUCAAACAAAUGCUGGAAGUGUGGACAUUUUGAAGGCACAUUCUUUCAUAUGUGGUGGACCUGUGGGAAGGCUAAAGCCUAUUGGGAUAUGAUAUAUAAUGAAUUAAAGAAAAUAUUUUAAAUGACAUUUCCUAAGAAGCCAGAAUCCUUCCUGCUGGGAAUAACACAAGGUGCAAUUUCUACAACUAAUUUAACAUUUUUUAUGUAUGACUCUACGGCGGCUAGAAUUAUAUAUGCACAGAAAUGGAAGACUAGUGAAUUGCCUUCAAAAGAAGACUGGCUGAUAAAAAUUUUGGAAUAUGCGGAGAUGGCAAAACUUACAACACUAUUAAGAGAUCAAAACUUGGAAUGUUUUAAAGAAGAUUGGAAACCAUUUUGGUUGUAUUUAAAGAAUUAUUUUCCUACUAUUGACUUGAAAGCAGGGUUUGAAAUUUAGUAAAAAUCGCAGGUUGGUUAGAUUAAUUAUGUUUGUAAGGGUUUGAAUUUAUGUUUUGAAUUAUUAUUAUAGCAAGGGUAAAUUUAUAGUUGAUGAUUCACAAAGAAAUGUGAGCGGGAAGUC